AUGGCUUCAUCAGACGACACUCCAAAGAACAUCACCGGCGGCUGCGUCUGCGCAUCAGUCCGCUACACAGUGACGUUUCCCCCUGACCACGACUUUGCCAACAGCUGCCAGCAGUGCCGCAAAAACACGGGCUCCCUCAUCUUCCGCUCCCACAAGGUGCCCAAGUCCGCCGUCGCCUUCACGGCCCGGUCGACGCUCGGGCUGUACUCGGCCACGCCGCACUGCGAGCGCGGCUUCUGCUCCCGCUGCGGCAGCUUCUUGUUCUGGCAGCGGGACGACCGCGACUACACGUGCCUCACCGUCGGCUGCUUCGACGCGCCCGUCCUGGCGCGGUACGGGCCGCUGCUCACGGCCGCCAGGAGGCACCUGUUUUGUGAGAGGGAGGUGCCCGGCGUGACGGAUCAUCUGGUGGGUGAGAAGUUUACUGGGGAUGAUGAAUGA